AGGCAGUCCAACAGUUCUUGGGCGGCUGAGACGCGGGGGCGGCCCUUGCUGACAGCGCACCUGCUGCUCUGCUUGGAGUUAAAAUGCCACUUGUAGUUCCAUCUCUGCUCCAGUUCCAACUUUCUGCUCGUGCACAUCCCGGGAGGCAACGGGUAAUGGCCCAAGUCCUUGAGUCCUUGGCACUGGCUGAAGUUAUGUCUCCGCAAGAACAUGCUGAAGAUUUUAGAGAGGAGUACUCUUCUUAGAGACAUCUGGUGGAUGCUGGCAUUGUAUGGCGUUCUGUGGGAAAUAGCUGCUUCACUCAAACCUCCACCUUUGAUGCUACACAGUCUUCUUCUGGUGACACCAAUCAUAGGGUUUAGGAUGCACCUAAUCCAGUUGAUCUCAUUUUAACUUAAUUAUAUCUGCAAAGAUUGUCAAGCAGUCACAGGGAAGAAUCCAUUUUUCCAUCCAUCUGUAAUGUGGAAGCUAAGUCAGAAAUAAAAUGAAGCCAUCGAAGCAAUUAGCUGCUAGCAGUAACACACUGCCAAGUGCUUCAGACCCAACUAAUAAGAAGGGACAACUGAAUUCAUCUCCGCAACCAAAAGAAAAAUGCAGUGAAAAAUUAGUAGAUAAUAAAAUUGAAUCAAUGGCCUUAAGAGUUCCACCACCAACAACUGAAUUCCUCACACAAUACGCUUUGCCUGCUCCGUUAAAUAAGACGAAACAAUUUGUCAUGAAGGAUGAAAGGAUCAAGGCAGCUGCUAAACACCUAGAGAUGCUUGUUUCUAGUUUGGAAGAAACCUAUGGGACUCGCAAUAAAAAAGGAGGAAAAGCAGCAAUGAAGUCUGAUAAUGAAGAAUUAAAUUUAUCUGUUGGGGAUGAUAUGAAUUUGUUCUUGCAACGUUGUUCGCAGUUGGCAACUCAACUAGAAGAUGCAGUUAAGGAAGAACACAAUGUUUUGGACACUGUUUUUAAGUGGUUUCAGCAACAGGUGAAUCAGAUGGAGGAGAUAAGUAAAGAUCAAACUCCUCUGGAAGAACUCUUAGCACCUGAUCCAACAGUUAGUUCAAACAUUACACAAACACUAAGGCACGAGCAGAAACUGGAAGAACUGAGAAAUCGUCUUCAUCAGGUUUCUGAAUCUCUGGAUACAGGAAAUCCAUCCACUAGCAGUCCAGAAUCACCAACAUCAGUGAGAAGUUAUGAAUCUAUAGAGCAGCAAAUUCAGGAUGCUGCUAAUUUAGAGACUCAUCGACUAGAGAUGAUGUUGAAAAUGCUUGAAAAGCAGUCACAUAUGUUGGGGAAAGCCAUAAAAGAUCGAGAUUCCUUGCAGACUAAAUGCCAACAGAUGCAGGAUGAUUUUGAAUUGUUAUCAGAGGAGAAGAUGAUGCUGGAAAAUGAACUAUACCAGCUGAAGGGGACAGAGAGAGGAACGUCUGCAGAUGAUCCAACAAAAAAAGGUGCAAAAGUGGAGAAGAAAAAAGAAAAGGAUGCAGAUGGGAAGAUGUCUUCAAUCAAGCAGGCUAAAAUUAAAGAGUUGCUUAAAGCCCAGAAGACAGCAGGUGCUCUGGAAGUUGAAAAUAAAAUCCUUCAAGAAAAACUGAAGCAGGCUUUACAGGAAGCUGAAAGGACGAGGAAUCAACUGGACUACCUCCUAAGUCAAGAGAAGUCCAAGACAGCAUUGGAAAUGGAUGUCGCCAAAACAGAAGUUAAAGAUGAAGAUUUGAAAAAUCAGCCCUCAUAUCAAGUUCCUGAUACAAAUGAAUCAAAGAUCAUUGACAACAUGUCAGAACACUCACAGACCCCAGCAGGAUCUCUGAGAUACUUUGGAACAGUACCCCAAGCCUGCAGAGAUGGAUGGAAGCCAAGGAGACCUGCCUAGAUACAUGGUAUUGCCUACAAUAAAGUACAUCUUUUUUGCACUUAACAUUAACAUGUAGCUAUCUACUUUGCCUUAGGGAAUAAAAUAGUGCAAAACAUUUAAUCA